AUGAUUAAUGAGUCAAAUGAGUUGAACAACAAGUAUGAAGAUCUGGUUGAAGAUGCGAUGUCAGACAACAUGAGUGGUUCAAGUGGUCAAAGUGAUAAUACAAGUGAAGAAACAUCUACUGAUGAAUCUCUCAUCUCUGAUGAAAAGACCUCUGCAAAUAAUGCUCAAGAUAAGGAGAAGGAGAAGGUCUCUGAGAACAAGGACAAAGAUUUCACCAAGCUGAAUAGAAAGGGUAAUAAUGCUAUUAAAACAUGUUAUCAUUGUCAGAAGAUUGGCCACAUUCAAACAGAUUGCUGGUUGAAAUUUCCUGAAAAAUGUUCUACUAGCUGUGAUAAGGAUAAGGAUAAAGACAAGAAUGUGAAGAAUAUGAGUGCUGCUCCUGUUCACAAUGUCAUGAAACAAGUAUUUUGCAUCAAGGAAAAGGCCUAUGCAAGUGAUCAGAUAGAAAAAGAUACCUGA